CCGCGCCGCGCUCUUUCUCCGACAGCUGCCGCGGAGCCCAGCGCGCAGCGCCGAGUCUUGCCUGUCCGUCCCCGCGGGUGCCGCCAGCCGUCGCCGCGCCAUGACCACGCAGCAGAUAGUCCUCCAGGGCCCCGGGCCGUGGGGCUUCCGCCUCGUGGGGGGCAAGGACUUCGAGCAGCCUCUCGCCAUUUCCCGGGUCACCCCUGGAAGCAAGGCCGCAAUAGCUAAUUUAUGUAUUGGAGAUGUCAUCACAGCCAUCGAUGGGGAAAACACCAGUAAUAUGACACACUUGGAAGCUCAGAACAAAAUCAAGGCCUGUGCAGACAACAUGACUCUCACGGUAGCCAGAUCUGAACAUAAAGUCUGGUCUCCCUUGGUGACAGAGGAAGGGAAGCGUCAUCCAUACAAGAUGAAUUUAGCUUCUGAACCCCAAGAGGUCCCACACAUAGGAAGCGCCCACAACCGGAGUGCCAUGCCCUUCACCACCUCAGCUGCCACCAGCUCCACUCCCAGGGUCAUCACGAACCAGUACAACAACCCAGUUGGCCUCUAUUCCUCUGAAAAUAUCUCCAACUUCAACAGCGCCUUGGAGUCCAAGGCAGCAGCCAGUGGGCAGGAGACGAACGGCAGAGUCUUAGAUCAUCCUCAGUCCCCCAGCGGACUGGUCGUUGACAAAGAAUCUGAAGUUUACAAGAUGCUUCAGGAGAAACAGGAAUUAAACGAGCCCCCGAAACAGUCCACUUCGUUCCUGGUUUUGCAGGAAAUCCUGGAGUCUGAGGAGAAAGGGGAUCCCAACAAGCCCUCAGGAUUCAGAAGUGUUAAGGCUCCAGUCACCAAAGUGGCUGCAUCGAUCGGAAAUGCCCAGAAGUUGCCCAUGUGUGAUAAAUGUGGCACCGGCAUUGUUGGCGUGUUUGUGAAGCUGCGUGACCGUCACCGCCACCCUGAGUGUUACGUGUGUACUGACUGUGGCACCAACCUGAAGCAGAAGGGCCAUUUCUUUGUGGAGGAUCAAAUCUACUGUGAAAAGCAUGCCCGGGAGCGGGUCACCCCGCCCGAGGGCUAUGAUGUGGUCACUGUGUUCCCCAAGUGAGCCGGCAGGUCCGCCCUGUUGCCGCUGGCCUCUGAAUGCUCUGGCCCUCCCCUCCCCUCUCCUCUCCUCAGAGUUCUUGCUGACUUCGGCUGCAUCGUGCUCACGAAACGCGUCCCUGCCUUUGCUAACUGACACACUGGCUGUGUGGUGCCCACUUUACGAUGAGCAGAAGACCGGUCACUGUCCCCACCACAGUGUCACUGUAUCUUCUCUUCUCAGUUCAUCUCUGCUGCACUUGGACAUCAGCUAAAUUUGAACCAAACCAAAAUUAGUAUGUCUGACACUGAUUUCAUUUUUACUCAAUAAAUGUACAGACUCAAA